AUGACCACUCCUAAGCCCUCCGGUCUUCCCAAAUUCCCACCUCGUACUCGGAAUAGAUUGAUUGAUAUAUUCAAUGCCACGUUUUACCGAGAACACCCCUCCACGGACAAUCAUGACUCUGGUUCCAAUCCACCAUUAUACAGAGACUUGACCUUCUCCCUGCCCGCCGCCAUUCCGAAGCCCAAAGAAGACCCUUCGAAGACAAAGAAAUCAUGGAAUCGACGCUCACCACAUUGGGCUGUUAUCAGCCCAUCGGGUGCAAGCACAUUCCUUGAGAUCCUGCGGGGCUCAUAUAUUUCGGUUCCUCCCAAUUCACGAAAAUUCCCAUAUCUUUCAUCAGAAGAGAUAGAUCGUAAGGAUCACCGUCUUCGUGUACCAUCACGCGCAAUCCAAUAUGUGGGCUUCAAUGGUGGAAAAGGUCAAGCCUCUUCUGGCAGUAUCAGAGGAGCAUAUCUUAGUGCGCGGUAUGAGAGUCGAAGGGAAGAGACUGACUGGACGGUUUUGCAAUAUCUCAAAGGAGAGACAGAGUUGAACCCGGACGAGGCAACUUCUGCUGAAAGACAUGUGGACGACAAUCUCCUCAACAAAGUCAUGUCUGAUCUUCGCCUAUAUAAACUCGCAGAUAUGCCUGUCAGCAAUCUGAGCAAUGGACAAACUAGAAGAGCAAGGAUCGCAAAAGCACUCAUGGGCAAACCAGAACUUUUAUUGCUCGACGAACCAUUUAUGGGUUUGGAUCCUCCAACUUUAAUGACCCUCUCGCCGAUAUUGAGAGAUCUUUCCUACAAGGCUUCGCCGCUGUUGAUACUAGCAUUGCGGCCCCAAGAUCCAGUACCAGACUGGAUUACUCAUCUAAUAAUACUCGGACAGAAUCAUACGGUCGCAUUGAAAGACCAUAAGGAGCGUGUGUUUUUCGCCCUGCAAAGGUGGAGGGCAGCUGCCGACUCAGCUACGCCAAACAAAUUUGAUCUUCAACCAAUCCCUCAAGCAUAUAGCCAACUUAUGACGAAGCGCUUUGGCCCACCGCUCCAUGGAAUUGGUGAUAUCUUGACCGAGAAUGGGAUUGAAGAAUAUCCUGCCUUUCGAGAUUGGCGUGAUCCCGAAGUCCUUUCCCGCUAUCUUAAUGACAAUGGCACAGUCAGAGCCGACGUGGUUGAUCCAUACUGGAAGUCCAUUUUGACGGAAGCUACGCUGAUGGACCCCGGGAAAAUGCGUAAGAGUGAGCUCUUGGCACUUUCAGCAACCCUGCCGUUGGACUUCUAUGAUCGUCUUCCUGCUGCCGAAAAUGUGCAGGGAGAACCAACACCAGAACCCCCAUCGAUGAAGCCACAGCCUGAGAGGAAAAACUCGAUUGCUCAAGCGGUACCUCGCCAAAGUCAUGUACAACCUAGAGGAGAACCGUUGAUCGAGCUAUCCUCCGUUGUAGUCAGAUAUGGUAGCAAAACGGUUCUAGGUCACCAACCAGCAAGCUUAGACCCUCCUUCACCCGCUGGCCUGAACCAUACGGUCCGACAAGGCACACGCCUGGCGCUACUCGGCCCCAAUGGGUCGGGGAAAACAACUCUCCUCUCCCUACUGACCUCCGACCACCCACAAAGCUACUCACUACCCAUCAAAUUCUUCGGCCGCUCACGCCUUCCUUCCCCUGGGCAACCUGGAUUGAGCCUAUGGGAAAUCCAAGCCCGUAUCGGACAUUCCAGCCCUGAAAUCCAUGCCUUCUUUCCCAAGCAUCUCACCAUCAGAAGAGUCCUGCAAAGCGCUUGGGCCGACACAUACGCCAGUCAAGCGCAGAUGACACCGGACCGCGAAAUCCGUGUUGACAACUUCCUCCACUGGUGGGCGCCCGAACUCCGCCAAGGAAGCAGUACGGCAACAAUCGACACCGCAGCCUCCUCCAGCCGCUCCCUGGACUGGGCUGUCGAUAAGAACCAUCAUACCUUUGGCACGCUCCCUUUCUCUACACAGCGGCUCCUCCUGCUGUUACGCGCACUCAUCAAGCAACCCGACAUCGUGAUCCUGGACGAAGCGUUCUCAGGCCUCUCUACCGAGACACGUGAUAAAGCUAUGGCAUGGCUUGAGUACGGCGAGGGCAGAAGGGUCCAAGAAGAUGCGACCAGCACCAGUACCAAAAGUGUGGCUUCAAAUGCAUCGAGAUCUCAGGAAGCCAUGGUCGAUUCCCAAGUGCACUUUUCGGGCCUCAAGCCCACCCAGGCCCUCGUCGUGGUUUCGCACGUCAAGGAAGAAAUUCCCAGCGUUGUCAACGAGUGGCUACGUCUACCUGGCGAAGAAGAGGUCAGCGAGAUGGGUCGUGGUAUCGAAAGCGGCUUUGUCGCUCCUGGGGCGCUUUCCACUCCCGAGGGCUGGAAUCGCGUUUGGGCUUUGAGGAAAUCUUAG